UGUUCUGUAAGUAAUAUACUAGAAUUAUGGAGCUAUAAUGGUACUAUAAUAAGAAGUUUAACACAAGCGGACAUUUUAAACGAGAUAAAUACAGCUACCAUAAAUCCAAUGUCAGGAAGAGCUUAUGAUGUUUCCACAGCAUUAGGUGAAAUAAGUAAAAAUAGUACUGGUAGUAUAAUAGGAUCGACUGGUACUAAGAUGACAUGGUUAUUAAAUGGCAAUGAUACGAUAAAACUGAAAAGUGCAGAAUGGGAAUCUAAAUUUUUAGCUCUUGCUGAAAAAGAAACUGCACUGACAAUCAAUUAUUUUGCAACCAGAAGUUUUGGUGAUGAAGCCGGUGGAGCUAUAUCUGGAGAUGUAGCGUUCUUAUCUGCAGGAUACUUUGUCUUGAUUGUCUAUGUAGCAAUUGUUUUGGGUCGUUUUAACCAAGUUGAGCAAGGAAUUUAUUUAGCCUUCUCUGGUAUCUUGUGUGUUGGAUUCUCCAUCGCCGUGUCGUUUGGAUUAGCUUCAGCAUUCGGUUUAGAAUAUGGUCCGCUCCAUUCAAUUCUACCUUUCUUGUUGCUAGGUAUUGGUGUUGAUGAUAUGUUUGUUAUUAUGGGAGCAUUGAACAAUCUGAAUCCUGAUGAAAUCGAACUUGAAAUCCCGGAGAAGAUGGGACAUGUCUUAAAACAUGCUGGAUUGUCAGUCACUGUGACGUCAUUAACAGAUAUUGUUGCCUUUGGCAUAGGUGCAACGACGCAACUUCCAGCCUUGAAAUCAUUUUGUGGUUUUGCCUCCCUGGGAAUUCUCGGUCUUUUUGUUUUUCAACUAGUGUUUUUCACUGCUACACUAACAUUAGAUCAGAAACGACGAGGAGAUGAUAGAAAUGCUUGUUGCUGUUGCUACAAACAUAAAGACUACACUCCUAAUGCCUGUAGCCAGAAAGAAAUACUCAUUACAUUUUUUAAGAAAUAUUAUGCACCAUUUUUAAUGAAACUUCCAGUCAAGAUUGUUCUAUUCAUAUUAACCCUGGCAAUAUUUGGAGCCAAUGUGUACGGUGUCAUAAGUUUAAAACAAGAGUUCGAUUCCAAUUGGUUUAUUCCUCAAAAUUCUUAUGCAUUCCUUUAUUUAACUGAAUCCGAGAAAAUAUUUCCAGAUGACGGGAAAAAAGGAUCAAUAUAUUGUGGUAAGAUUGAAAGAACUACUCGGGCUUUAUCUCACAGAUGCCAAUCUGUCAUAGGAAUCGCAAAACAUUACACUCAAUCUAUCUGUAUUGUAGAUAAAUACCCUGUAGAUGAACCUGCUUUCGUUGAUACAUUAUAUAAAUAUGUCAACAUUGAGCAACGCAGUUUAAAAAGAUUGAUGAAAUUUGCUAACACGACUGGUGGUGAUUUAGUGGUAUGUCAGAUGGAGUUUAAACUAAAGAAUCUUCCAGACUCUGCGACUGAAAUAGCUGCUAUGGACAGUUUGAGAAAAGUUAUAUCUGAUGCUGGGUUUCCUAAUACUGACUGCUUUGCAUACGCUAGAUCCUUUUUAAAUUGGGAAACUAAUAAGGUUAUCAAGAACGAAUUGUACAGAAACCUGGGUUUAGCCUUUGCCUGUGUAUUUGUGGUUACUCUAAUAUUAAUAGCUAAUUUAUGGACAUGUCUAAUGGUAUCAUCUUGUAUUUUGUUUACUUUGGUAAAUGUCGGUGGAUCAAUGCACUUCUGGGGUUUAACAAUUGAAACUGUUACUAGUAUACAACUGAUUCUAGCUAUUGGUCUAGCUGUAGAUUAUUCAGCUCAUAUAGGACACACUUUCAUGACUAUUAAAGGUACCAGAGACGAAAGAGCUAAGGAAACACUAAGUGAAAUGGGACCACCAGUAUUCAAUGGUGGCUUUAGUACUUUUUUGGCCUUCGUGUUAUUGGCAGGUAGCAACAGUUAUGUCUUUUCAACAUUUUUCAAGGUAUUUUUCUUGGUUGUAUGGUAUGGUUUGUUUCAUGGAUUAGUUUAUCUACCAAUAUUACUAUCAUGGUUAGGUCCUAGUCCAUACCUUACAGCAGACCAUAUUUACCAUACCAAAGUGCCACCUACUGGUGACCAUGUAGCUCAUCAUGACCACUCAUCAAUGAAUGGUAUGGCUAUGACCAAUAGUAGUAAACAGCCUUAUAGAAAUAAUGUAAGUUUAAUAUUUUAUUUUGAAUAG